UCUCUAAAAUGAACAUUCACAACCAUCUCUACUUAGCACAAGUCACAAGCUAGCUUUCAACCAUCCAACUUAAUUAGCUCAUCCAUGGCUUCUUACUGUUUUACCAUCAAGAACUUAGCUGUUUUCGCACUUGCCCUUACUUUCUGCAUUCAAGGCACCUUAGGAAGCAUAGCUUGUGAGGAUCUAAGCAAAGAGUCAUGCGCAUACGCGAUAUCUUCGAGUGGGAAGCGGUGUGUGCUGGAGCAACGUGUGCGUAGGAGUGGUGAGGAAGCUUUCACUUGCGGAACCUCCGAGAUUGUAGCUGAUAAGCUCAAGGAUUGGAUUGAAACUGAGGAGUGUAUUCGUGCAUGUGGUUUGGAGAGGAACGUUCUUGGGAUUUCGUCAGAUACUCUACUCGAGCCUCACUUCACCCGAAAGCUCUGCUCCCGUCGAUGUUAUAAAUCCUGCCCUAACAUCAUUGAUCUUUACUUUAAUCUUGCUGCUGGCGAAGGAUUAUAUCUUCCAAAAUUGUGUGCAUCUCGAGUAAAGAAUGCACGUCGUGGAAUGGCCGAGAUCAGAAGCUCGGGACAGGUGGCGGCUGGACCAGUGACGGCAGGAAAGUUCAUGGUGGCCGAGGGACCUAAUGCGGAAGAGUUCAUGGAAGAGGAGGCAGAGGCACCGGCAACUGACACCAUGUUCAUGGAGGAAGAAGAAGCACUGGCCCCUGCAUUUUGAUUCAUCACGGAUAUAUUACAUAUAUAAGUGAAUCUGCAUGUGUUUUUCUAAUAAGGAUUUCUAGUUAUUUGCCCGACUUGUAUUGGUUGUGUGCUUCAUUUAGCGUUUGUGUGCUGGAUUUCAAUUCGAAUACAUGUAUAAUAUGCAUUCUGGCCUGGUCA